CUUUGCCUUUGAUUUACUAGUUGAGGGAAUGUGUUCUCUGUAGUUAGUGGUGAGCAGCCCCUGGCCUUUUUCCUGUUGUUCUCAGCAGUCAGAGUCCUGUUUCCUUCUAGACUCUCACACACAGCAGCAUUUCUCCUCAUCUGGGAGCACACACACUAAAUCCAGCUAUGUGCUGUUUCUGCAGAAAUGCAUGCUGUACAGGGGGAGCUUCUCAAACUCUACUAGAUAGCAGCUGCAGAAGAGGUCCUGCAAUAGUCAUCCUGCUUCUCCACUAAAGCACAGAAAGCUCCUUCUGCAAGGACAACUUACUGCAAUACUCAAAAAAAAAAGCAUUUUUGGAAUCUUUCCCUUCUCCUCAAGACAACUGCAGCAUUCCAACCUGUUACUGCCAGCACAUUUCCUUAAGGGAUUUCUUCUUUUUUUUUUGUUUCUUAAGAAAAGAAGGCUGAUUUGGGAUAAAGACACUUUGGGAACUUCUACCUGACACCCCUGCCUUGUAUUCAUCCCUGCUGAGCAUUUCCUACUGUUCCCAAUGAGGUUUCCAUUGCUUUUCAGUAUAAUCUUUGCAAACUUCUGCAGUCAAGGAACUUUAUCCCAAACUGGAAACCUGAAAACAAUAAGAGCCUCCAAUUUAAAGAGAGAUGAGAGCAAUCUCCUUACCAGACUGUACCAGAAAGAAGAAAGCAUCCAUGUUGUGGGGAAUGGCUGUAUAAGCAGUCCACGCUUCCCUAACAGCUAUCCCAAAAACCUUCUGCUCACCUGGAAGCUGGACUCUGUGGAGAACACUAAGAUCCAGCUGACAUUCGACAGCCAGUUUGGUUUGGAAGAACAAGAAAAUGAUGUAUGCAGGUAUGAUUUUGUGGAAGUGGAGGAAGCUUCGGAAACAAGCACAGUAAUUCGUGGGCGAUGGUGUGGACAUAAGGAAGCUCCUCCAAGACUGACAUCCAAAAAGAACCAAGUGAAGGUCACAUUCAGGUCAGAUGAUUACUUUGUGGCUAAGCCCGGCUUCAAAGUCUGUUAUUCUCUUGUGAAUGAUUUUCCGCCUGCAGCAUCGGAGACAAACUGGGAAUCUGUCACAAGCCCCGUCUCAGGAGUCUCCUAUCAUUCCCCAUCAGUGACAGAUUCCACGCUCACGGCAGAUGCUCUUGACCAGGCCAUCGCUAUGUUUGACACUGUUGAAGAGGUACUUAAACACUUUAAUCCUGACACGUGGCAAGAGGACUUGGAAAAUCUAUACACGGAUACAUCUCAAUUUCGUGGCAGAACGUUUCAAGAAAGAAAAUCUAAAGUGAAUCUGGACAAGCUAAAUGAUGAUGUUAAGAGAUACAGUUGCACUCCAAGGAACUUCACAGUAAAUCUUCGGGAAGAGCUGAAGAUCACUAAUGCCGUUUUCUUCCCACGGUGCCUCCUUGUUAAGCGAUGUGGUGGGAGCUGCGGCUGUGGCAGUCCGUAUUCCAAAUCUUGUAUAUGCACCUCUGGGAAGACAGUAAAAAAAUAUCACGAGGUACUGAAGGUGAUGCCCGAAGUCACCUACAGUAAGAAAAAGACUAAAACCAAGACUAUGUCCAUAGUGGACAUCCAACUGGAGCACCAUGAGAGAUGUGAAUGCAUCUGCAGUUCUCGUCCACCUCGAUAAGAACCCACGAGACGCAAAAGGAGAAAUCGCUUUUUAUGGACUUUUUGUUGAAUUUUCAUACAUUUCUUUAUUGGCGUGGGACUUUUAAUAAUAACCAACUAAAUGUGUGUUCUGCUCGGGAUAAAGCAUUGCUUAUGGAAAUUAUUAUAUUCCAUACCUUACUAAAAGCAAUAUUGGAUUCUUAGCCAAUGUAAAAGGAUCAUUAAAUGCUGAGGAACGGCUAAUAACAAUUACAAUAAUACAACUUUUUUUUUUCCCGGAACAUAUUAUUGCUAAAUAUGUCUAGUUUUGGACCAAGGUUCCUUGGGUGCAUCAGAGGAGAUAAUGCUAAGGCAGGAGUGUAUUAAGCUUUUAUGCUGCCCUAGGCCUAUAAGGGAAAUGGUGUUGGGGGGGGGGGGGGGGUCAGGAUAGUCCGGUGGUCAGCACUUGUGUGGUGUAGCACUUGUGCAGGGGGGGACAGGUGACCACAACAUAUGGUGAAUGCUAAUAGCCAAGUUAAUGGCAAAUGCCAAAGAUAAAAAGAAAAUAUAAACCUGUCCCCAGCUGAUAAAGGGCUGCCCAAGGCCAUGGCUUUGUUGGCCUAGCUAAAAAUACAGGGCCACUCUCUUUAUAUGCAGAACAUGUGCACAUUUACUUUAAGGGUGCGUUCACACGAGCGGACCCACAGCGUAUUUUAUGCUGCAGAUCCAGCGCUGAAAGACCACUGCAUGGUGGCUUUACAGGUGCCUGCUUGGAGUGGCAAUACGCCGCUACAAGCAGACACACUGAAGCAAUGUGCAGGUCGCCGCGCAUGCGCAGUACACUCGCACACAUCGCGGCUCCAUGAGCUAAGCAGAGAGCAGCUGCUAUGUGUGAGUAUACUGUGCAUGUGUGCUGCGACUCGCACAUCGCAGUGUGUCUGCUUGUAGUGGUGUAUUGCCGCUCCGAGCAGGCACAUGUAAAGCCACCAUGCAGGGGUCCUUCAGCGGAGGAUCCGCAGUGUAAAAUAUGCUGUGGGUCCGCUCGUGUGAACGUACCCUUAGUCACAUCAUAAUCUUUGUUUUCACAUCACACAUAUCAUGUAUAAAAUCUAACAGGUUAUCUGUGGAUCAUGCCGUAAUGAAUAGUGCCUAGCAGAAAAGUCACCUCCAAAAGGCUUUGUCUUCUUAGGGAAUUUUGGGACCAUAUGUUGGCAGAACCAGUGCUUACUGUGGAAUCCUCUGGUAUUUUAAUGUGCCAAUCCAACACUGUAUAUGUUCAGAGUAUGCUUAAAAAGGGGUAUUCCGGUGAAAAAAAAUGUUCAGUGCCAGAACGUUAAACAUAUUUGUAAAUGACUUCUAUUUAAAAAUCUUAAUCCUUCCAGUACUUAUCAGCUGCUGUAUACUACAGAGGAAGUUAUUUUCUUUUUUAAUUUCUUUUUUGUCUGACCACAGUGCUCUCUGGUGACACCUCUGUCUGUCUCAGGAACUGUCAAGAGCAGGAGCAAAUCCCCAUAGCAAACAUAUCCUGCUCUGGGCAGUUUCUGACAUGGACAGAGGUGUCAGCAGAGAACACUGUGGUCAGACUGGAAAGAAAUUUUAAAAGAAAAAAACUUCAUGUGGAGCAUACAGCAGCUGAUAAGUACUGCAAGGAUUAAUAUUUUGAAGUAAUUUUCAAAUCUGUUUAACAUGCUGGCACCAGUUGAUUUAAAAAAAAAAAAAAAGGUUUUCAACAGAGUACCCCUUUAACGUGUGACCAUGAAAAAAAAUAAAAAAGUUCUUUAAGAAGUAUCCAUAGUUAGUCACUCGAAUGUAUCAUUUGAGUUCAGCUCUUGUAAAGAUCUUGUCUAGAUUACUUGAUUACUUGUCACUAGAGAUGAGCGAAUUUACAGUAAAUUCGAUUCGUCACAAACUUCUCGGCUCGG